AGCGUCUCCUCUACAGUCCGACAGGUUCUCCUGGAGGGUUUGCAUGUGUGUAUCUGACUGGGACCUGAUGUGUGUGUGUGUCAGGGGGCUAUGGUGAGGCGAUGUGCACUGGCUGGUGUCAGGAGAGACGUGUCGGUGGCCGCUGGGAAAGAAGGAGCAGAAGCGGCAGAGUUGGAGAUCUCCAUUCAUGGCUGUGCACCUUCCUUUGGUUCUCUACUCUGUGGGGCUUGGGGUUCCCCCAGUGCCCUGAAAGCUGCCAGUGUGCUUCAGACACAGCCACAGUUCUCUGCUCAGAUGCAGGCCUCCAGGAAGUGCCUGAGGGGAUCCCCCCAAACACAGUGUCCCUCCACCUGGAGCGCAACUACAUCCGUAGCCUUCCUGAGAGCGCCUUCAGCGAGCUGGUCCACCUGCGUGACCUGUACCUCUCUCAUAACCGCAUCGAGUCGCUCGCCUCAGGGGCCCUGCGGCACUUGGGGCCUGAGCUGCGCCUGCUGGACCUCUCCCAUAACCAGCUGAGGCAGGCCAGUCGGGAGGAGUUCGGCGCCACGCGGGCCAAAACCCGGCUCUAUCACAACCCCUGGCACUGUGACUGCCCCCUGCAGGAGCUGAUGGAGACGCUCAACCUGGAGCCCGAGACCGUGAAUGGGAUCGUGUGCGAGAGCUCAGUGCGGGGGGCAGGGGAGGGGAGCCGGUGGGAAGACCCAGGCUCCCAGGGAGAGCAUGCGGGUCAACCCCUGGUCAGGCUACUGGACUCUGGGGUCAAUUUCUGCAGCCUGCAGAGGAAGACCACGGAUGUGGCCAUGCUGGUGACCAUGUUUGUGUGGUUCUCCCUGGUGAUUGUGUAUGUGGUGUACUAUGUGAGGCAGAAUCAAGCUGAGGCUCGCAGACAUUUGGAAUACCUGAAGAGCUUACCCAGUCCACGUAAGAGCCCCACAGAGACGGACACCCUGAGCACUGGUUUCUGA